UAAGAAAAUAUGUUGUUAUUUUGAGGUAUGAGGUCAAUAUUUUAAUAUGCUGCUGCACAAACAGAAGGAGAGAAAGGCAGACACAUUUUUCUCCUCUACGUCUUUCACAGUUCUCUGUAUAAACACUUGUCUAAAAGUGAAAAGAGACAGAGCGAAAAGUUUGUGUGUACAUGAGAGAGAGAGAGAGAGAGACAGACAGAAAGAGAGAGGGAGGUUCAUAAAACAAUGUGACUGAGGCUUUUACAGUAAGAUGAUAAUAAAACAAUGAAUGAGUAAAUUACAGAGAUUUAGCAGAGAUAAGAAGUAAAGAAGUAAAAGAAUGAGAGAGAGAGAGAGAGAGAGAGAGAGUUAGCGCUAACGUGAGAUUAGCGUCCUGCUCUGUGGCUGUUUGUUUGUACUGCUUGCUGAACUUUAGCUGCUCUGUUUGUGGUCGUGUGCCGUUUCUCCCGACUGCUGGAGGAAGUGCAGAGAGGUGCAAUCAGUUAUUAAUUAACAGACGAGCUGAACGUGAUGAGAAGUGUGUCACGGUGCUGGUAAACAAAGCCAUAAGCGAGGUGGAGAGCGGCAGCGUGGCCAGAGGCUCCGCUAACGCAGCUACUGACCCCGUUUUCCCUCCUCUUUCUCACAGGCCCCUAAUCGAAUGAAGAACCUGCUCGGGAACGUCGCUCUGUGGAUUUUCUUCAGGACCGUUUGAAUAAAUCAGCGACUGGAUCCCGCCCUGCUGUUUCUGCGACUGACCUCCAUGGAAGUGCGAAGGUGACUGACCGAGAUAGAAGCGUCUCAAUGCUAGCGGUCAGCUUUAUCGGCUAACUGUUUCCGGAUGAUUAGCUAACCGCCACCCGGGAAGGCUCGGCCAGCCGGUUGGGACAGAGGAAGCAGCUGCUAGCCAUCAGGAGGUCAGCGCUAACGGCUAGAUUUGGCGGUAGAGGUGAGCCGCUAGCUGGAGGAGGCUAGCGAGCGGAGCGUGCCGGCUUUUCGAAAAGGUUUGAGCGCAGUCAGCGCGAAUGGGACACGGCAGCGUUCGCAGACGGCCUGGAUGGGAGAGGGAGUGAGCAUGGACAAUCUUUCUGAGUUUGGUGGUCUUUGUCCGUCCAGCCGGAGGGAAUGGGAAACCAGCAGCUGUGUGGACGACUUGAUGGACGAAGAUGAGAAAGACAGAGCUAAGAGGGCGUCCCGUAAUAAGUCGGAGAAGAAGCGGAGAGACCAGUUCAAUGUGCUCAUUAAAGAGCUGUGCACCAUGCUGCAGGGGCAGGGCCACCCCCGCAAAAUGGACAAGUCCACCAUCCUGCAGAGGACCAUCGACUUCCUGCAGAAGCAGAAAGAGAUCACAGCGCAGACUGAGUCGUGUGAGAUCCGGCAGGACUGGAAGCCUUCGUUCCUCAGCAACGAGGAAUUCACUCAGUUAAUGUUGGAGGCUCUGGACGGUUUCCUCAUUGCACUCACCACGGACGGAAACAUCAUCUAUGUAUCCGACAGCGUCUCUUCUCUGAUUGGCCAUUUACCAUCAGACAUGGUGGACCAAAACAUCCUGAACUUCCUGCCCGAGCGCGAACAUGCGGAGGUCUACAAACUGCUGUCCUCACACCUGCUGAUGAGUGACCCCAUCACCGCCGACUACCUGGAGAGCAGUGAGACUCAUGUGGAGUUUUGUUGUCACUUGGUGAGGGGAAAUAUCGAUCCGAAGGAGCCGCCCACCUACGAGUACGUCAAAUUCGUUGGAGAUUUCAAGUUUCAUAACAGCGUGCCUACGUCGUCGUGUAACGGGUAUGAGCUGGUGUUUCCGCGGACACUCCAGGCCUCUCUGGAGGAGCAGGUGUGUUUGGUGGCAACAGUCAGACUGGUCACUCCUCAGUUCCUUAAGGAUUUGUGUAAUGUUGAAGAUCCGUGUGAUGAAUUCACGUCGAGACACAGUCUGGAGUGGAAAUUCCUCUUCUUAGACCACAGGGCCUCUCCCAUCAUUGGGUACCUUCCAUUCGAGGUGUUGGGGACGUCUGGAUAUGAUUAUUAUCACGUAGACGAUCUGGAGCUGAUCGCUCAGUGCCACAAACAAUUGAUGCAGUGUGGGAAGGGGAAGUCGUGUUAUUAUCGUUUUCUAACUAAAGGCCAGCAGUGGAUCUGGCUGCAGACACACUACUACAUCACCUACCACCAGUGGAACUCCAAACCGGAGUUCAUCGUCUGCACACACACCGUCGUCAGUUAUGCUGAGGUCAGGGCGGAGAGGAGAAGAGAGUACGGGCUGGAGGAGAGCUCCUCUGAUAUGGCCACCACCUCAAUAAAGGGUCAGGAGGUUUAUCUGGACAUGUGUGCUCCUAUGGACGCAUCACGGGACAGAAUCAGCGGAGCUCGAUCAGCUUCAUCACACAGCUCACGCAAAUCAUCCCACACUGCACUGUCUGACUCGGCAUCGAACUCUUCCGUCCGGUAUAAAGAAACCUGCACGUCAUCGCGGCAGUCGGCGUCUAUUGGACCCGAGAGCUCCAGCAGGCUGUCGCACAGUGGCUCAAAGAGUCUGCUUCAGAGACGAGCCUCCGAGCCCCUCCCCCCCUCCCCGUCCUGCUCACAACCCUCAGUGAUGUCAUCUGCGCAGCACCAGUCUGUGUGCGGAGGUUUCCAGCAGCCUCAGUUGGGAGUGAUGCACCAGCUGAAGGAGCAGCUGGAGGAGAGAACCCGGAUACUGCAGGCUGACAUCAAGACUCAGCAGCAGGAGCUCCACGACAUCAAAGAGAAACUACAGCUCGCCAACCUGCAGAUGUUGCUGCAGCAGCCGAUCCACAGUGAUUUCCCGUCCUUGUCUCCGCAGCAGCAGCAGCAGCCUUCAGUCCAGUCGGUCCAGAACAGCCAAUCAGGAGUCAUCCGCCACAACAGCACUCACACACACACCCACACCCACCCCAAACCCCCACACUGUGCUCCACACUCAGCCUCACCACACACACUGCUACGAGAGCAGCCCAGCAGCUCCACCACACAGAGGCUGGUUCGGAGCACUCCAAUGCAGACAGUCAGUGUUCCGGUGCAGACACACACCAGUCUGACCAUGCCACUCUACAGUAACCCCAUGAUGUUCUCCCCAAACCACGGAUACCGGACCGUCCCAGAUACACACACGCACUCGCACCGGCACAGCGAGACAGACAACAGCCCCGACGGACAGCUACGGAUGUUGUUAAACCAGCCGGUUCAGACUCUGGUUCCAGACAGCAGCGGAUCUCAGGCGUCUCAGUGUAACUCUACCAUUCAGCAAACCAAAUAUCUGGACCAACAGAUGAUGGCCCCUUCCUUUCCAGUGCAACAGGUCAACUGCAACGCUGUGCUAGUCCCCUCUCCUGUUUUCACUUCACCAAUCAUGAUACCCCACAACAGCUUCAUCACUCCUCGGGCUCCGCCCGCCUACACACCCCACCCUCAGAGCACCCAGCACAGCCUGCAGAUCCAACAGCCUCAACAGUUCUUUCAGAUGCAACCACAGGGCCUCAUCCAUGGCGGCCCCACUCAGGCCUUCUUCCACGCCACUAACGUCCCGCCGCAAAGCACUGUGGGAUACAUACAGCAGCAACAGCCACAACAACAACAACAGCAUCAACAACAACAGCAGCAGCAGCAGCAACAACAGCACCUUCAUUCCCAGCCUCCAGACUACCGGAACAUGUUGCCACGGUAACCCCGGGAGACUGCCGGGAUAGCGUGCAGAGCUCUAAAGCUCUGCGGCAUGAGAGAAAGGGAUGAUGGGAAGGCUCUUGAGCGAUAUUUUUCGCCGCCCAGCCUAAAACACCACGACUAAGCCAAAGUCCCUCUGUUCCCAUGGCAACACACGCAAGGUGCAGCGCAAGUCGAGAGGCU